AUGAAGAAAACACCUAAAACACCGCCUUUAGGCUUCUCUAAUGAGAUAUCUAUGCAUAAUAGGAUGAUUGACGAACAAGAUUCCCAAGAAUCCCCAAAGAAGUCAACUUUCGGUAUUUGGUUCAACUCUAAAAAGAAGCAGCAAGAUGAAAAUAACAAUGACGAAUUCUGCAAAGCUUUCGAAAGAAUGCUUGAACUUCGUGAUAUACCACUGCCCGUUAGGCAUCAGUUACGCGCAAUGGACAAUCGUAAAAAGGAGAACAUUUUGAAGGCUUCCGAGGUUGCCGCGCCUACCACAAAAACUAACGAACCUUCCCAAUCAAAGCUAAAACCUAAAUCUGGACAAAGUACAAAUGCUGAUAGAUCUCCCGAAAAGUCAAACAAGCAAUCAAAUAGUCUAACUGGCGCAUCAGGUAACAUUGAAAAAGCUGACAACCCUAUCUUGUUUGCAAAAAUGCUCGAGAAAGAACACAGCACAACUCUAUCCAUUGAUAAAGUUAAGCGCUUGAGACAACUUAUUCGCGCAGAAUCAUCAGGAUGGUUGUACGAUUUCUUCGAUGCUGGUGGAUACGAAGGUCUUUGCAGUAGCCUCAGUGAAAUACUCAAAGUGGAAUGGAGGGAAGAGCAACACGAUGAUCAGAUAUUGCACGAACUUAUGCGAUGUUUCAAAGGCCUUUCAACUUCAGAGAUUGGAUUACACGCUUUGUCUUCCAAGGCUCCAGAGCCAUACAAAUCCUUGGUUGACUUGUUGUUCACAGACAAGAAGCCUGGAAGUUUACCAACCCGGCAGUUGAUGAUGGAAUUGAUAAGUCUCAUAUUCGAAAUCUUUGGUGAAAAGUCGUCAAGUGAUCAGCUAAUAAAGUCUCCAACAACUCAGAGCUAUCUGAGUAACGUUAACGGAUCAACAGACUCUGCUCAAAUACAGCCACUAAAGGUACCAACCCCGUUCACAAGUGCCGGGGAUAUGGUGCGGCAGCUAAUACAUAAUCCUAUUAACCAAGCACUAGAAAGCCAGCAUGAGUUUAUCAAAAUUGCUAAAAGACCUCGCGUUUACAAAUUGUUUCUUAGUGAGAUGUAUGAAGUUCAGAGAGACUUCUUCUGGUUCGUCUUCUUCAACUUAUCAACUUACACUAAUUCAAAUGAUGACAGGUGUUUUGGCCAUAAGAAUAAUGGCAUUUGGUAUUAUCCCUCUGUUGAUAUGAGGCAAGUUGAACGCCUCCGAUUCAGAGUACCAGGAGGAAUGACAGCAGGGGUCGAGUAUGAAGCUAUAGGAUAUUUGACAUCUAUUUUCAGCUUAAUCAAUGCAUUAUCAGCAGCUAGUUUCAAUGAUGGUGAAGAAACUAGCAAAAAUCUUCAUAAGGAUCUCUUUGCAAGCGGAAUCGACAGAUAUAUUUAUACAUCCAGGGCAGCAAGUCUAGCGCAUUAUCCUUUACUCCACUACAAUAUUUCGCUUUAUCUUCAUCUCGCCAAGCAAUCAGGCUUCAGUAUUCCAAACGUUAUCGCAAGAUACAUCACACAACCACCGGAAAAUGUACGAAUCAAAAAGUAA